CAAGUUCACCGCUUCUCCAUUCCUUGUUGGUUGGUUUUUUGUACAAAUGGAUAUCGUCUGCUACAUUAUCAUAGCAACAAUUCUGGCUUCUUUAACGGAAGGUUUGACAGAGCGCAAUGAUUUUGAAUAUCGCCUGAGAAAAAAUCUGUUCACUAAUUACAACAAAGGCUGUCAGCCCACCAGRCCCAUUAAAGUUGAGCUUGGGGUUGCACUGUCUAACCUUAUGAAUAUGGAUGUUCAAAAAGAAGAAGUAAGUUUAAACAUUUGGCUUCGUCUGGCUUGGAACGAUAAGAGGCUGAAGUGGAAUUCAACUCAAUACAAUAACAUUACUCAGAUUCGUGUGAUAAUGCAAGAAAUUUGGACMCCUGAUGUUUUCCUGUACUUUGCAACUGGCAGCAUCCAAGAGUUUGGCAAAAACAUCCAAGGAAGCCUUAGUUUUGGUGCAAGUUUAGAUAACAAUGGAGUUCUUUUCUUCUCGCAGCCAACAACAAUCCAUUCAUCUUGUGAAGUCGACAUUGCUAAUUAUCCAUUUGAUGACCAAAUAUGCGAGCUUACAUUUGGUACAUGGUCACAUGACCUAUCCCAGGUAAACAUYCAGCUUUAUAAGGGUGGAGUUGACCAAUCAAUGUACGGCAAGCACAACGAGUGGGAGAUCUUGUCGGCCAAAGCUUCAAGACGAGUGAUGCUUGACGCCUCGUCCAAUGAGAGCUAUUCAAGGGCGGUGUUGAAGCUSCAUCUUCGCAGAAAUGCUUUGUUCUAUUUGAUUAACUAYGUGCUUCCGUCUGUGAUUAUUGCUGUACUGUCACUGCUUGUCUUUCUGAUACCUCCAGAGGUUGGAAAGAGAAUGGAGGCAGGAAUUAACCUAUUGCUGUGCCUGUCGGUGUAUCUCAUGCUUGUCAACUCCAAAAUGCCCAUCACAUCCAAGUCAUUUCCACUCCUMACCAAGUUUUACGGCUGCACAAUAGUGAUACUCGUCAUCUCGCUAUGCUGUUCCUGCUGGGUUUACAGUUUCUACUUUAUGAAUCCAUCGGGAUGGGAUGUCUAUCAUAUUCCAAGAUGGCUCCAGGUAGUUUUAUUUGGCUACCUUUAUCCUGUAUUAUAUUGGUCACCUUUUAGUAAUCAGUCCAAAAAGUCAACAGAAGAAGCUAGAUCAGAAUUAUACUUUGAAAAUAUCCCAAUGGAYGAAACAYGUGAAGCAAGUUCUGGUCGCACGACCCAACAACAACACAUCAAAGAAAUGAACGACCAACCCCUGACUGAGGAAAUGGUUACUGUGAAAGAACAAGCGGUCACAAACUCUGAUAAUCCACAAAGAGAACAUGAUAAUUCACAAAACAAAGGAAAGUCAGUCCGUGGUUCCCCGGCUAAGCCACCGUUUGUCAGAGGYAAUGUAUUUUUCGUCAAGAGUAAGGACGACGUGACAGAGGAAGAGAGCAAUGUCGCAGAUGAAAGUAGCGGUAAUGUUAAGGAAAAUGACGUCGAAACACAUGGGCAUAGCACUGUUCUUGUAACAGAAACAACGAAUAUGACAAAGAAAGCAGAACCAGUUGAACUCAAGCGACCACCGAUGCCGAACCCUCAUUUGCAGUACAUGGCGGAAAAAGCCCAGAUGGACAGCCAGAAACUUUUAAAUAAAGAAAAGUGGAAAUCUGCUGCGAUGAUWCUUAAUCGAUUUUUCAUAAUUCUGCUGAUCAUAAGUAUCACAGGCUCAUUUUUGGGCUGCUUUAUGAGUUCUUCCCGAAUGGAAACCGAUUCCGAAAAUUGAACUUUGGUCAUCCAAAAGUUCCAAAACGACGAGCGCUACUCAGCUCGACCUGGACUUGGUUUAAUAACUUGUAAAUAUUUUACUUAACAAUGCAGUAUCUUUUAUGAAUGAUUUGAUAAUUUAAGUGUUUAAAUAUAAUCUUUCUAUCAUCAUCGUGGAUUUGAUUGAUUUAGACAGUAAAGAAAGUUAUAAGAAAUUUCAUAUCCAUAAAUUAGUCUUAAAAUCAAAGAAAGAAACCAAAGUAGUGYGCAGUUUGGUUUCCAUGUCAACCAGAGACAUCAUCAAACCCGUGCUUGACGACAAUUCAGGCCCAAUACCAGUUAAUUGUUAGUUAGCUCGAACGCAUUUUCCUUUUCCAAGUCUUUUGCAUUUGUCCCAUUGUUACUGUUAUCGCACAAUAAAAACACAUCUAAAUU